UCCCUGAAAGCAUUGUGCGUAGAUGCCUGCUGGUUGCCAUGGUGAAUGAUGCUGAUCUGAAGAAAUGAAUAAUGUGAGCGUUGGGGGCGACAGUGGGAUUACUCAGUGGUGAGAGAGACACCGAGGAGAAGUCUAGUGCGGAGGAGGGAGAAGCACAUCAUCUCGGACUUGGUCCAUUCUCUGAGGAAGAAGUCUAACCGCAUAUACUGCGAGCAUCAGAACCGGGAUGAACAUUGAGGUUGGGAACGUGUCUUACACGGGAGCCAUCAUCUCCUGGUCGUCCUCAGAGCCUUGCUUGGAGGACUAUUACCAUAUUAUGUACAGGCCCAACUGGAACAGUAUCUUCUCCAGCUAUCUGCGCUACAGCUUCCAUCACGAGGAGAAGGUGCCUCGAACCAUCACCUCUGUGGCGUUGGAACACCUCGCCCCUUCCACGCUCUACUUCCUCUGUAUCAGCUGCAAGAAGGCUGCCUUCCCAUACAGUCACUACUGUACCAUGUUCCACACCCUGGAUAAGAGUCCACUGGCUGCGGGCGGCUCCCUGGUGGACCCCCAAAUUUCCCUUUGGGUGCUGAUGGCCAUCCUGCUGGCCUGCUUCACUGCUGUGUUGGCCUUCAUCUGCCUCCAGUUCUGGUGCAUCCGCUGUCAUGAGCCUCGAUGGUCUUACAGAGCUGGCCACAUGGAGGAAGCCAAUGGGUUGGUAAGAUGGCCCGAGGAGGCCCCAGCCCUUGGUCAGAGGGAAGAAGACCUGCAGGGGCUCCCCCUGGUGGAACUGCCACGCAAGAACUCUGGGGCCAGAGUAGAAGCUGAACCAGAAGCAGAAGCCAACCAGGAUGCCUUGGAUGUGGUGGCCUUAGCUAGAGAGCGUGGUGACCAGCCAGGCAUACUGCCUCACUAUAGAGCGUGAGCAAUGGGGAGGAGAUGGCCCAUUUCACAUAGCCUAAAAUGCUGUCUGUAGUGUGUCCUAUGUGAACAUUUGUCUACAGGCCACCCGCUUCUCUCCUCUCAAAUGACAGUGCUGUAUGGAUGAGUGGGGUUGGAUGGAUGCCAAAUGACAAUGGUCCCCAAGCUGGAAAACACAGGCCCCCGAGGUAUGUCAAGGGCAAACAAGGCGUUGCGUUAGUAUUGUCCAUUUGGAGGCCUAGUCAAGAACUGCAGACCUGGUUUCAAUAUUAGAAUCACUGUGGCUGCAUCACAGAGAGUUAAAAGUAGCUGGACCUGAGUCUGAGACACUAGAAUGAAAUGCGGAGUCAGAUGUGGAUCCUGAGAAUCUUUGGAAAAGGAUGAAAGCCCUGUUCUAACUGUCAAGUAAUUGCACACCACACCCUUCACCCCCAGGUUCACUUUUUUUUUAAAGCCACAGGCUGGCUUAUCUUUAACAGCUAACACCUUUUAUUUAAAUUGACCACAGAUUUAAAACAUAGACCCUUAGAAGACAGCCUUGUAUUACCCCAUAAACAAAAAUCCAGGCCCCUCUUGUUAUAAACAGAACAGAUGUAAGAAUACAUACAACAAAAUAAUAUUAAAUUUGAUGACGACUUCUGUCUGCCAAUGCCUCUGGGCUUAAGGCCAUCUCUCUUGUGUUGGAGCAAAAGGGAGGCCAGCCAGUGCUGAAGAGACCAGCAUCAAGGCUAAUGUAAGUGGCUUCCCUUUAUAGGACAGAAGGUUUGAACGAGGAUUGGAAAGGGAAGCAUGCGUUUCAGUGUGUGGACCAUGUCUGUGAGCCACCUCAAAUGCUGUCUGCCGGCCCUCCCCACCCUCUUUUUGGUGGGUUUGGGAGUGCAAUCUCACUACCUAGCCUUGGCUGACUGGAACUUGCCAUGUAGACCAGGCUGUCCUUGAACUCACACCAGUCCUACUGCUGCGGCCUCUCCAGCAUUAGGACAGUUGAGCGCCACCACACCUGGGUUCCAAGCUUCUCUUCGUUUGAGAAAAUGACCUUGAACAGUCUGACUCCUCUGGAGAAGACACCUGUGCCCUCCAGCAUCUUCCUUAUGCCUGGCAGUGCCCCAUCCGGAUCUUCUCUGGGUUAACCACACUUCGAAAUCCGAAGCUCUCUUGACCUCACACCACCGUAUUCCUGUAAGCUUUUCUCUGCUUACUUUGAAAAUGGGAUCAAAGGUGGCUAUUUUUGUUCUGUUGCCUCUUUUUUGGGGGGGUGGGGUAGGGUGGGGGACAUGUUUCACCCUUAUGGUGGCUUUCUUUAUUCCUCCCACCUGAGCCCGUAUCAUAAUUCAAUCUAUACCUAUUGCGACACUGGUGGGACUUGGUGAAAACUAUUCCCUACCACACAUGUGGACAUGGAAUUAUAGAUAUGUCUUUGCACCCCUGAUGUACACUAAUAGGCCAGACAUGGGUUACCCGUGGGUGUAAUUACUUGGAAUGAAGGUGUGUAUGUGAACAAAAGCCACAUAAGGAAGAGGAAAUCUGCUCAGAGACAGCCCCAGCCAUCUACAAUGGCUGUCAAGCUCUGUCUGUAAACCCUUUAUAUUCACAAAGCCCCAAAUCCCAGAAUCACCAACCAAGAAAUGGGAGAAACUGGGACGCCGCAAGGAGAAGCCCCAUCUACCCAUUUACCCACCACGCUCGGCACGGUACUCACCCCUCUCCUCAGCUCCCACCCGAUUCCCCAACCCCCAGAGCUUUGUUCACCCCAUCCCUGCUAGCUGUGAACCAAUAAAGAUGGAUGGACUUGU